AUCAGGUACCGAUAUUGAGAUUAGAUUUCGAAAUUACCCGAAACCCGGAUAUGUGGGAGUUUUUUCUUAGUGCAAAUGUGUUGUGACAUAAAUGAUAGGAAACUCUGCAAAUUAUUCAUACCAAUUAAACUGCGAACACAAUUUGUUGCCACUCCGCGGUGAUUCAUAGAACUUUGGUGUUAUUUCCAUACCACCUGUCACGUGAAACCGAUAGAUAAAUUAUGGUGACGACAAAGUGCGGAACUGUCGAUUCAGUAGGUGCAGUUUUUUCAAGACUAGAAAAAUCACACGAAAAAAGUGAUACAUCAGAAUGGAAAUGAUUCAUAUCUAGUUCAGUGAUCGAAGUGUGGUCUCCCGUGCGUGCAGUUUUUUAAACGUUGCUUUGUCUCGAAAUCGUUAUUUUAUCGACGAGGACAUGGAUAUCGAUAAAAUGAAGUGCGUGUUGUGCCACAAGUUCCCGGACGCCGAAGUGUACGAAUGUUCGGCGCAGCAUGUCGGUUGCAUCGGAUGCGUCGAAAAGCUCAACGUGAGACUGUGCAAGUGCUCGGAAUAUUUCGAUGAGAAAAAGGAUAAUCCAAUCGAACGACUUGCACAAAGCAGUAAAAUUCCGUGCCCCUACAAAGCGACCGGCUGUACCUGGAUCUUCGGGCCAACAGAUAUGCGUCAACACUUGGAGGAGUGUAGGUUCCGACCCGUGGGCUGUAUCGCAAACAGUUUGAAAGUUAUCACUUGUCGCUGGAAUGGCCAACAAUAUCAGCUAGAAGAUCACUUGAUGAAAUUCCACGCCGAUAUCGGUAAACCAUUCAGUUACUAUCAGCUCACUGAAAUUCCCUUCUCGGCCACUGUUUCCAAAACCGGCAUAAGGCUGGUUGAUGCCUUCUCCAAGCUCUUUCUGUUUUACUUCUCAACGAAUGUGGACACCAAAAUGAUUUAUUUCAUGUUCGUAUAUUUCGGACGCCGCGAGGAAGCACAGCAAUACUAUUACGAGUUUCAAAUUCGAGAUCACGCCGGAAAGGACGUACGACAGAUCAAAUUCGUCAAUACCUGUGUCGCUGAUUGCGAGGAUCUGAAUGGAAAAAUCGAGAAUGAAGAUUGUAUUGCUUUGACGUUCAGAUCGAUCAGGCACUACUUGAAAAACGAUUCUAUCCCGAUAAGAUUCAUUGUGAAAAAGUUGGAAAAGGAAGCUGAAAGUGCCACCGCACGAAAAACUUCAGCGGAUGAGUCGAACAAACCAGUCAAACCGAAGCCAAAACCGUUCGUUUUUCCCCAAAAAGGAAAACAGCAACAAAAUGUAAGCCGAAGCAGCUCUGUGGGGGGACCUGCACCCAAUGUUCCUAAAACAUCUCCAGUGACAUCGGAUGAUCCGCCGCUGCGGCCCCCGCCCAAUCUGACUCGAUCAAUUUCAGUCACUAAGCUACCAAGCAAUAUGCCGCCAGUACAGAAAACUCCGGAAUUUUCUUCCAUCAAUCGAAUCGGUAUCAGCGGACAGGACUCGCCUCUCGUUCAUCAGGAACCAUGCCCGUUCAUGUCGCCGUCCAUCAAUCGCCUGGAUGCGCCUCCGGCGUACAGCAUCGUGGGGACCCGGGAGAAUCGGAUCAGUGAAAACUAUUGCACCCCCAGUAACAACAAACCUCCGCCGGUGGAGGUCAGAACGACAUCAUCCGUCUGCUAUCGGUACACCCAGCCGUACAAGACGGCUGACGAACGUCUGUACCUGCAGCGCUAUCCACGGGACUGUCUGAGUAAACCCGUCUACAGACGGUAGCACACGUGCUUGCUAGGGAUUUGUCUCGUACUUGAAUCGAGAUAGUUCUUUUAUUAGUAGAUUAGUUUUUCAUUUUAAGAUGCUUUCUUAGAAAAUAAAUUGACAAAGAUAGUUAUUCUAUCCGAAAU